GUUCAUAUCAGAAUAGCUUCUCCUCCGCUACGCUACCCUUGCUUCAUGGGUAUCAAUAUACCGACAAUCAAGGAGUUAAUCGCAGACAAAUUGAAAAGUACAAAACUUGCAGAACAUGUCAGUGCUGACAGUUUAAUGUAUCUUUCAGUCGAAGGAUUAAGGACAGCUGUCAGAUGUCAAAUUAAAGAAAAAGACCCCGAUAAAAUAGGCCACUGCACAGCUUGCCUUACUGGUGAAUAUCCAGUGCCUUUAGAAUGGUGAAAGUUAUGAAAUAUCAAAGUUGGUGAUUUUGUUACCUUUUCCCAGUUGUUUUUACUUCUAUAAAUUGAAACAAAACUGGGUAAAUUCCUAUAAAGAAUACUCAUUUAUGUUAGAGAGGUGAUGUUUUAAUGACAAUAUUGUUAGGAUAGUGCAAUAAAAAAAGUGUAGAUGUAUAAUUGACAAGAUGUUGAAGUAAACACACAAAUUAAUUUUACAUAAUUUUUUAUCAAUUAAAUUCUAAUUGAAAUGCUCAAACAUAAAUCACGAUUUUUGUAUAAGGCUUAUUAAUUUAUUUAAAACUAAUUUAUUGUUAGCCAAUAUCACGAUGAGCAUGAGUCGAUUUGAUGUAAUAGUUUAAUAUAAGCUAAUUUGUUAAAUAUUUGUAUAAUACAUGUAAUGAAAAUGUGAAACAAAUAAAGU